AUGGACAGCUCAACACGCCCACCCACGCAGAAGAGUCUUAAGCCAACAACCAUACCAGUAGCACCGACAUCAGCACCAUCAACAGCACCUGUAGCAACUCAGCAAGGGGAGGAUCAGCAGCAGCAGCAGCCUUCUACAGCAACACCAGAUACCCCGGGGACCCGAAAGACGUUCCGUCCAGGCAAAAAAGGAGUUUCUACUCGACCAGGCCUGCCAAAGUCUUCCUCUGCCUCUCUUAAGUCGGUGUCGAGCCAGAUAUCCCAUCUAAGCCUUGACCGUUCAAAUAGCGACUUGAGCAUAAGCAGCAAUGCAAAUGCAAAUAAUAACACCACUGGAUUGCCAACGGUAUCCACAUCCACAGACGAAGACCCGCUAUCUUCGUCCCUCUCAUCAUUCCCGGCCUUACCACCACCCACAUCUGAGCCACAGUCGUUUCUCUUCCGCAGUAGUACGGCGGAUGAUGUCAGCAUACAGGCUCAGUACCAUGCUCUGCUAGGCCAAGUUCAGCAAUGGCUGCAUCAGGAGAAGUCAAAGCUAGGCCUGCCAUCUGCAUCCACAGCUACAUCUACGGCAAGGUCCCCACGCCUCCUGCCACGAUCUACUUCUGCGCCUAUCAAGGGGGAGCUGGCAGCUGAUGAUUCUACAACGGGAGCUCUACAGGCACCAGAGUCAACUCUUGCAUUGGAAAAGUUGGAAAAAAUCCUCUCCCAGUAUUCCGCAGAUGGAUUGUCUGGAUCAUCCGGGACUCCUUGGAGACGAAGAAGAGGCGGUUCAUGGGGCCAGGGGAAGCGAGGUUAUGGCUUGAAGGGCCUACGACGUGGCUCGGCUUCGGAUUCAGAUUAUACUGAUAACGAAAUGUCAGUCCCCAGUGCCGAUGUGGUGCUUGAUAACUCCAAGACUCUUCUAUAUUCCGGUGGCGAGGCCGAUUCGGAUCUUGAUAUGCAACCUGAAGGCAGCAAACCGUCUACCAGCAAGGAUAGAGAGUACUGGCUGUAUUUCAAGUCCGAGAUCGUUCGGUUGACGCAUACUCUUGGAUUUAAGGGGUGGCGAAGGGUUCCUCUUGACGCAGGGGGGGAAGUUGAGGUCAUUCGCUUGAGUGGUGCUCUCACAAAUGCUGUCUAUCAAGUCUCACCGCCGAAGGAUAUGUCCAAAUAUUCUCAAUCUACAUCCAGUCAGGGCCUGAUUAGAAAACCUCCUCCAAAACUUCUUCUUCGCAUCUAUGGCCCUCAAGUCGAGCAUCUUAUAGACAGAGAGCAUGAGCUUCAAGUUCUUCGCCGUCUGGGGAAGCGGAACAUAGGCCCACGAGUACUUGGAACUUUCAAGAAUGGCCGAUUCGAGCAAUACUUACAUGCUCGAACGCUGACCACACGCGACCUACGUAUACCAGAAACAUCCAUCCAGAUUGCCAAGCGUAUGAGAGAGCUCCAUGAGGGUAUCGAUUUACUACCGGAGGAGCGAGAUGCCGGCCCUGGCCUAUGGAAGAAUUGGGACAAAUGGGUUAACCGGUGCGAGAAGGUGAUCACCUGGCUGGAUAGCGAGAUCCUUGCAGACCAUAACGAAGGGAAAUCGGCCAAAGAGCCAUGGAGGAAACGAGGAUUCGUCUGUGGUGUUCCCUGGCAAACUUUCCAGAGUAUGGUUGAUAGGUAUCGCCAAUGGUUGGUUGUUAGCUUUGGUGGAAUAGAAGAGAUUACCCGUCGGUUGAUUUUUGCUCAUAACGACACACAAUAUGGAAAUCUUCUUCGUCUCGAGCCAAGCGGCGAAUCACCGUUAUUGCUUCCCGCCAACGAGCAUAAGCAGCUUAUCGUUAUUGAUUUCGAGUAUGCGGCAGCCAAUAUGCGAGGAGCAGAGUUUGCCAAUCACUUCACGGAAUGGUGUUAUAACUACCAUGACGAGGACCGCCCCUGGAGAUGCAACACAGCAUGGUAUCCGACACUUGAAGAGCAAAAGCGAUUCAUUCGCGCGUAUCUCACUCAUCGACCCCGUCUUAUCUCUGAAACAUACAACAAUGCCUAUCCCUCCGGCCAGAAUAUCUCUACAAGCUCUGUAUCAAGCACCAUGACCACACCAGGCCUUAGACCAACAUACUCGAGCAGCCCACGCGUUACCCCCUUCAACCUAGACGCAUAUACCCCUUCCGUACCCUUCUCGAUAAGCGAAGUCGACCAAAUCGACGAGGAGCUCGAGGUGGAAGUACAGAAACUUCUGCAAGAAGUCCGGGCCUGGCGCAUAGCUAACUCAGCCAUGUGGGUUGCAUGGGGUAUCGUGCAGGCCAAGGUCCCCGGUCUCGAGGCCGCAGUUCCAUAUACUUCAACAGCCGAUGCAGCCAACAGCAAUGAAAACGAAGGAACUACGACGAGUAACGAAGAAGAUAUAUCUACCACGCCAACGCAGGAAACGGUUGAUGUGCAGCAGAUGCUAGCAGCUACUGACCAGGCCCUGCAGGAAGCUGAGGUAGAUGAAGCUGCGGACGAAUUUGAUUAUCUUGCCUAUGCACAAGAUCGAGCAUUGUUCUUCUGGGCUGAUGUCCUGGCUAUUGGGUUGAUUAAGGAGGAGGAGCUACCUACAGAGAUGCUCGAGCAUAUCAAGAGAUAUACUGUUGAUUAUUGA